UGGUAGAAAAACUGUUAGACAAGAUCUUUGAUUUUGUAGUUCAGCUAUAAAUCUGAUAUAUAGGUUCUGAACUAGAAAAAUGCGGGAAAUGACAUAAAUAUAUCAAAACAGUCUCAAGCCUAAAUUGACUGUAGCUUGACUUGAUCACGCAAUAGUGAAGAUAAUUUGAUUUUGGUCGUUGGCGCGAAUAACAAUAUAUAACUUACUGCGGCAGCGCCCAUGCGGUCGAGAAACGGAGCAGAGCCUUUAAUAAACACGCUACACGGUUAGCUGACUUGCUCGGCAAUGUGGCCUAUGCCCGUGUGGAAAACAGCUGUACCCGUGAAGUGAGAGAGAGAGAAAGAGAGAGAGAAAGAGAGAGAGAGAGAGAGAGAGAGAGAGAGAGAGAGAGAAGACAGGGCUCACUCUGUGGAGAGCAAGAGAAAGAAAACAGUCGGUGGAGCCAAUGGAGUAUCGCCAGGAACUACACCUGCAUGCUGCUGAGCUCUGACUUUGCUCCAUUACUCUUCAAGUCUCACACGAAUGCUAUAACACUGAAUUUCGAAUGACAAUCAGAAGUUUAGUUGGAAGGAGUGAAGAGGUAAUAAAGCAACAGUGUUGUGAUGGUGAAGCAGUGGCCAAUUAUCACACAUUCUUGCUUAAGGCAGUGCUGGAUUGUGAGGGAAGCCAGUUAAGAAGAUCCAGAGGCAAGUGCAACAAGACACCUUCGGUAUGACUAACAGCAAUGCCAAUAGCAACAUUGGAGCUGCAGAACUUUUUCAUAUGCUUGAGUCCAAUAAACUCAAAGAUGUUGAAGAAAUUAAAAAGGUUUUCCAUGAUCACUUUUUAGCAACAAAAGAUAGUUGGUUGGUGAAUGGAUUGUUUGAUUACUAUCUUUCUACGGAUUCUUUAAGGGCAGUCGAAGUUCUAGCAGGAGUAAGAGAGCCUCAUGACAAGCAUCUUUUUGAUAAAUUAACAGAAACACUUGCAGCGAAACCUAGUAACAAUGGACAAAAGAUUAGAACGCUUACACUGCUUGGUCAUGUGGCUAGACGGCAACCUACAUGGCUCUACCGUCUGGCUAACCAUACACUUUUUAAACAGCUGCUUCAUUUGCUCAAGGUGGAAGAAGAUAUAGUGUUAUUAAUGAGUGCUCUUUUGCUACUGAUAACCCUGUUACCCAUGUUACCAACUGCACUGGCUCCUCAUCUGAAUGAAAUCUUUGAAGUAUUUUCUAGACUUGCAUCGUUAUAUUAUAAUCGUUUGAAUAUUUCAAACGCAAAUUCUGGAGCUUUUUCGACAACGCCUAUUGGCUGUGAUGUAGAUUAUAAUCUCCUUCAUUUACAGGUUGGAUUACACAACUUGUUUCACCGAUUGUACGCCAUGUAUCCAUGUAAUUUUAUUUCCUUUUUAAAACCCCAAUAUUCGCGAGAUCAAACGAUGAUUUUUAAAAAAGUGAUAAGUCCAAUGCUGGAUUCGGUGCGUAUGCAUCCAUUGCUGGUGACAAUGUCCAAAGAAACAGAGAUCUCAUCUUCGAGGUGGAAGAAAAUGGAGCAUCACGAUGUGGUAGUAGAGUGCAGCCGUUUUUCACUGUUCGAAAGAUCGAGUCGCGAAGAGAUGAUGUCGCUGGCAAACAUGCGGUUCACCCCGAUAUCAGACACGCGCUGCGCAGUGUUUUCCGAAUACUCGUGUCCAUAUACACCAGUAAGCAACUCGGAGUUUCCUAUGGUAUUGGAGCAACAGAGCUUGGACAAUGUGACGAGUCAGGAGAGCUUCUGGUCGCCGAGCAUGCUCGUAGGGGCGCACAGUCCACCGCCGCCUACUUCACUUCAAGCAACGCCAUUGUCACACGGCGAUGUCAAGUCGACGCCUUCAACACCUGGUGGUACCACUGUCGUGGCCGCCAACGCGAAUCUCAAUAACCGCAGUCGAACUUCACCACCUGAGGCAGCCGUCGAGGCGACUCCUGAAACUACUCCAAUUAAGGACGUGAGGUCGAUGGGGAGACAGGUGCCCGUAGGCUCGGCAGCGGUGCGCGCACUGAGCGCCUUCGGCGCGAACGGCGCCGCGGCACUGCUGGGCUCGACGAGCCGGCCGUCCACGCCGAUCGGCAGCGGGGCGGCCGCGAACCCCGGGCAGCACUCGCUGUUGGCGAGCCGCCUCGAGUUAGAUGGGCCGUCGAUCCUCGACCGCAAGCUCAACAAGCUGGUGGCCGAGCGCCAGAACGCCACGCAGCCGCAACAGAGUCGCGUCGAGGACGAGCCGGCCAAGCGCGCCGGCCCGCUGCACCAGCUGCACGACCUGAUCAACGGCACGCUCGAGUCCUGGCAGCAGCAACAGCAGCAACAGCAGCAACAGCAGCAACAGCAACAGCAGCAACAGCAGCAGCAGCAGCAGCAGCAGCAGCAGCUCGAGGACCAGGAGGUCUCGGACAUCGUGUCGGCGCGGCGGACCACGACGGCCGGCGCGGCGGGGGAGCGCGAGCGCCAGACGGUGAGCGAGCUGACGCGCCGCGUGAAGCUGCGGGUGCUGUGCCAGAACCCGACGCCGGUGCCGCGGACGCGACGGCGCGCCGGCACCUGGCCGCUGCUCGGUGGGCGGGCGCGGUCCGGCGCGGAGGCGCCGUCGUCAACGGCGCGGACCCGGCGCGCCGGCACCUUUCGCCCGCUGCAGGCGGCCUCGGCCGAGACCGAGGACGCGGCCACGCAGACCCCGGGCCUGCUGCCCUGCGACUACCUGCUGUGCGAGCCCACCGCCGCCGCCUCGGGCGGCCCCACGCCCAACUGCCUCGAGCCGCCGGCAUCCGCGCGCCUCUCGCCCAGCGCCAUGCUCGAGCGCUACCUGCAGGUGUGCGCGCUGCCCGAGGCCAAGUGCAGGUCGCGGCCGGACAAGCGGCCGGGCGAGGAGGCCGAGAGCAACGGGACCCCGCAGCCGGACGACGAGGGUGCCGAGGCCGGGCGCGCCGCCCAGCAGAUCCAGCUCAUGUGGCUGCAGCUGCAGUUCGAGCGCCAGCGCAGGGAGGUGCACGCCGAGCGCAACCGCCGGCUCCUCGGCAAGCUGCGCGACUCGCGCGCGCUCGAAGAGCUCAACUCGUCCAUGGCGAGCAGGCUGAAGCUCGCGGACAGCGAGAUCGACUCCCUGAGGGCCGAGCUGAGCCACAACCGGCAGGAGGCGCGCAGCGCCGAGCAGCGCCUCGCCGAGACCGUGCAGCACUGGCAAGCGAAGUGCAAGGAGGAGCAGCAGCGCGGUUCGGCGCUCAAGGACCGGAUAGAGCGGCUGGAGGACGAGCUGAAGACCGAGAGGACCAGGUUGACGGAGCACGAGAGGCAGAGGCGCGCCGCCGAGGCCACCCUCUUCGAGGCGGCGCACCAGCUGAAGGAGGCCCUGCGGGCGGCCAACCAGAGCGAGGAGCUCAAGCGCCUCCUCGACACCGUGCACAAGCGCUUCCUGCUGCUCGGAGAGGCCCAGGCGAGGACCCAGGAGAAGAUGGGCGCACCGGUUCACAUGGCCAGGCAGGAGAUCGCGCAGAUACAGAGGUGCUGCUCGGAGGAGCUCUCCGGUCUGCGUCGCCAGCUCGACUCGCAGACGCUGCAUCUGGAGUCCUUGAAGAGCCGGCUGCUCGAGCUGGAACACAGGGACGCGCGCAAGGAGGUGCAGCUGGUGGACCAGCAGCGACUGCUGCAGGAGGCCAAGGAGCGCCACGCGGCCGAGGUGGAGGCCGUCGAGUCCAAGUACAGGGCUCAGCUGGAGAUCAACCUGCUGCUGGAGGGCCGCGUGCUCGAGCUCCACGGCAAGCUGGAGCAGGCGACCUGCGGCCCGGGCUCGCUCGGGCCCGUCAACCUUGCCUCCUCGGCCUCGCCCAAGGAGCGCUCGCCGCCGCUGUCCGCCAGCCUGGCCUCCUCGAGCGAGGGCAGCCUCGCCUUCAUUCACUCGGCGAUGAACGACUGCUGCGACCCGGCCGGCGAGAUCGCCAAUCUGCAGGCCAUCGUCGACGACGUGUCGCCCCUCGGCGCGCCCGCCGGCGCCGUCUCGCAGUCGUUCCUCAGCUCUGCCGCCGCGGCCGCGGCCGCCACCAAGACCACCGCCGGCUCCAGCAGCCAGCGCUAGGACCGCACCCUCGCUGGACCAUUGCUCCCCCUCGAGGUCCUCGCCGCUCGGUUGUUACCUGUGUACGUGUGUUCGCGCCUGCAAAAGUGCUGUUUUUUCUAAUUCGUCGUAGCUGCUCGCGAUUGAUGUAUUGAGUGUGUGGAGAUGCCGAUUUCCUCUGUAAAUUAUCGACUUUUUCGUAAUUCUAUGAAUUCAUUCAGUUAAUGCGAUUGUGCACAAGUUUCGAAGAGGGCUGUUUGCACCCUUCGUGGCGCGAACUCGAUUAUUCGAACGUGUUUUUACAUUCGACGCAAUCAACGCGUUCGAGCGGGAUGUCACAUGUGAAUUGUUUUCACGUUUUUGAUAACCCCUCAAAUGAAAUAAGUUUUGGACUAGCAUACAGAUAUGUUGUUUUAAAAUUAUACACGAACAUUAAAGUGGAGACUCAAUGACGAGCUCGCUCGAAAUAAA